CAUACAAAUAUAUAGGGAAAAUCUUUAAAAAUCUUCUUCUCAAGAACCACUGAGCCAGAAAAGCUGAGAUUUAUAUGAAAGCUUCCUUAUAUAAUGCAGAUUCUGAAUUGUUAAAAUCAUGGCCCCCGGGGGUCGGAUGGGGCCACAAUAGGGGGUCAAAGUUUUACAUACAAAUAUAUAGGAAAAAUCUUUAAAAAUCUUUUUCCCAAGAACCACUAAGCCAGAAAAGCUGAGAUUUAUAUGAAAGUUUCCUGAUAUAGUACAGAUUCUAAAUUGUUAAAAUCAUGGCCCCUGGGGAUCGGAUGGGGCCACAAUAGGGGGUCAAAAGGUAAAAAAAAAAUUCUUUUUUUUUUUCGUUUUUCUUUUUUUUUCGUUUUUGUUUGUUUUGAUAUAGUGCAGAUUCAAGUUUGUUAAAAUCAUGGACCCCGGGGAUUGGAUGGGGCCUCAAGGGGGGCCUCAAAGUUUUACAUACAAAUUUAUAGGAAAAAUCUUUUAAAAUCUUCUUCUCAAGAACCACUGAGCCAGAAAAGCUGAGGUUUAUAUGAAAGCUUCCUGAUAUUGUACAGAUUCUAAAUUGUUAAAAUCAUGGCCCCCGGGGAUCGGAUGGGGCCACAAUAGGGGAUCAAAGUUUUACAUACAAAUAUAUAGGAAAAAUCUUUAAAAAUCUUUUUCCCAAGAACCACUAAGCCAGAAAAGCUGAGAUUUAUAUGAAAGCUUCUUGAUAUUGUACAGAUUCUAAAUUGUUAAAAUCAUGGCCCCCGGGGAUCGGAUGGGGCCACAAUAGGGGGUCAAAAGGUCAAAUUUUUUUUUUUUUUUUUUAUAUAGUGCAGAUUCAAGUUUGUUAAAAUCAUGGACCCCGGGGAUUGGAUGGGGCCUCAAGGGGGGCAUCAAAGUUUUACAUACAAAUUUAUAGGAAAAAUCUUUAAAAAUCUUCUUCCCAGAACCACUAAACCAGAAAAGCUGAGAUUUAUAUGAAAGCUUUCUGAUAUAGUGCAGAUUCAGGUUUGUUAAAAUCAUGCCCCCCCCCCCCCCCCCCCCCCCCUGGGGGGGGGGGGGGUAGGAUGGGGCCACAAUAGGGGAUCAAAGUUUUACAUACAAAUAUAUAGGGACAAUCUUUAAAAAUCUUCUUCUCAAGAACCAUUGGGCCAAAGAAGUUCACAUUUACAUGAAAGCUUUCUGACAUAGUGUAGAUUCAAGUUUGCAAAAACCAUGGCCUCCAGGGGAAGGUUUGGGGCCAUAAUAAGGACUACGGUUUUACAUGCAAAUAGAUAUGGAAAAUCUUCUGAUAUGGACCAAGGUGACUCAGGUGAGCGAUGUGGCCCAUGGGCCUCUUGUUGUGUUUUGACAUAGCUAGGCCUUUGAUAUUUGGGAUGUUGGCAAGUUUAAUUUACUAUCACAUGUUCAUAACACUUCCUUGUUUGAGGCACAUAUACAUAUAGGUGAAUAUUAAGUACCAUAACUCAUAAUUUUCCACUUUAAAGAUGAUCCCUCAAAAUGUUUUUAAAAACAAAUAGAAAAUGGAAGGGGAGACAUCAGUUUUAGUGUGCUAAAACAAUUCUUCCUUGUUAUUUUAAGGAAGUGAACAUGAAAAAAUAUCUGUUGCAUAAUAUAGUGGGGUCUGAAUCUAAUUUGCCUGUUUCUAUUAUGAGGUUUGAUCACUUAAACACUCAAGUUAAAUACUAAUGGAUGUCAUCCAUUAUUUCCCAUCAUGCAUCUGUGCUCUGAUGUAGAUGAGACGCAUUGCUGUUGUUGACUAGGUCACUGUUAUACAGCAGAGGAAGUUUUUGGAUUCAUAUUAGAAUUGAUGGAUAAGGUUUUGGAGCAAAAAGAAUUGAAAUUAAAUCUAAUUACAAUGUAUUAAGAAAGAGAAGAAAACACUCCUCCAACUUCUGAACUUACACAGUAGCCCUGUAUGUUUCAAGAUUCAAAUUCAAUUAAUUUUAUUAGAUUUUAAAAUAUUUCAAGAUAAUUAAGGUGACUAUGUCAUUAAAGUACUGCAAUAUUGGCGUUUGAUUUAUAUAUUGAUAAUAAUUGAUGUACAUGGACCACAGAUUUUGGGAGAUGCAUAUUUCUUUAUUUACACAAUAAACAAAUACUUAUUCAUAAUCUGUAUCAAAGUCUGAGGUUUCAAGAAAUCCUUCAUAAUUGCAUUGUUCUUUAGAAAAUGCUCCCUUAAUUUAUGUCACAACAAAUGAGGGUAAAACUACUCUGAUUUUUCUCCCCAAGAGGCUGACCUCGUUUGACCUAGUUAAUAAACUGUCUUUAGGCCAUAAAUCUUGAUUGCAUGUCUGCAACAAAAUUGUUGCUGUAUUCUAUCUUGUGUGUGUGUGUGAUUGGAAAUGUUUACAUACAAAUGGCAUGGUAUGUUUAGUAAUACAUGUGAAUACAGAAGGUAUUUUUCAUUUUUGUGUUUUUCUUACUUGUUUAACAAGUUGUGAAUUAAGUCCUCUGGGGCUCCUCCUCUCUGAAUACAUAAAUCCAUGGAUAAAUGUAAGCUGUAUCAAUUAUAACAGGACCUAGACACACAGUGCCAAAAUAUGGGUGUAAAGAGCUGCACUUUAUGUGCAUAUCUAUGAUUGAUUGAUUGAUUGUAUCUUGCUUAACGUUUCUCUCGAGAAUUUUUCACUCAUAUGGAGACGUCACCAAGACCAGUGAAGGGCUUCAAAUUUAGGCCUUAAUUGCUCGGCGCUUACUGCCUUUGAGCAGUGAGGGUUCUUUAGCGUGCCACACCUACUGCGACACGGGACAACCGUUUUUUAGGGUCAUCUCCGAGGACCUGUGACAUUCACACCUGAUGCCAAGUGUUUGGCGAUGGAACUGUCACUACAUGUCUUAAUGACUUUGGUCUGUCAUGGCCGGGAUUCGAACCCCAGUCUUCCGCAUGCUGGGCGAACUCUCUAACCGCUAGGCCACUGCGGCGUAAUCUGACACAAAAUGUUCAACCUUAUGACAAUUCUGAGAAAUCAGUUUCCUCCUCUGUAACAUCAGGUUCAAACUGAUAUCCCACAUUUAAUCCACUUUCUACUGAUGACAUUUUAACAUUGAUGCUUACAAUGUGCCAAACAACACAAUGUAUCCUACUAACGUCAGCAUCAGUGCUGCCCUCUAGUGGGGGCUAAGAGAUAACCCAGCAGGGAGUUAAUAUUUUUUUCAAUGUGCCAGCUCCCAAGGAUUGAAAAAAUUAGUUAAUCUUUAUGAAAUAUCUCCCUACUGAAGAAAGCUACAUCUUAAUGAUUUUCAGAAUUCAUUACAUGUAUAUACAUCAAAAUGACAAAUUAAAACCAUUUCAUGUUCACAUCCUUUAUUAAAUAGACAUCACAUGCCCAUUAACAAUAUUCACUUGUCUGUGAAUUGUUUUAAUGGUACUAAAGUGUUAAUGUCAAGCUCUGAUCAGUACUGUACUACUUACUCCAAAAGUAUCAGGUAAUGGUACGUGGAUAAAAAGUUAAUAAUGAAAAGCCGAAAUCAGUGCAAUUUCUUGUAGAGUAAUCAUUUACCAUUUGAAUUUGACAUCAAGAAAAUGUCAUUGGUGUGUAAUUUGACCAAACUUGACUUAAAACAGGGUAAUAAAAAGAUACAUCAGAACAUCUUUUUUAUCAGAAAAUCAGGAAAGCCUAAAUGACUUUAUACGUGUAAUAGCAUCAGUGUAACAUCACAUUUCAAGUUGAUAUCACACGCAGAUCUAACCAAUGAUGUUCAAGUUGAUAUCACACGCAGAUCUAACCAAUGAUGUUCAAGUUGAUGUCACACGCAGAUCUAACCAAUGAUGUUCAAGUUGAUAUCACACGCAGAUCUAACCAAUAAUGUUCAAGUUGAUAUAUCACAUGCAGAUCUAACCAAUGAUGUUCAAAUUGAUAUCACACGCAGAUCUAACCAAUGAUGUUCAAGUUGAUGUCACACGCAGAUCUAACCAAUAAUGUUCAAGUUGAUAUAUCACAUGCAGAUCUAACCAGUGAUGUUCAAGUUGAUAUAUCGCACGCAGGUCUAACCAAUGAUGUUCAAGAAAGCAGCCCAGAGUUGGAGUUGUCCAAGUCAAAACUUGGACUUUAAAGUCUAAGAUUUUACUCAGAUUUUGAUUGCCUCAAAUAAGAGAAAAACCAAACUUAUUUAAAGUUUGAGAUUUUUUCAAGAAAUCCAAACCAGGUUAUACUGUGGUUAUUGCAGCUUUUUGAUUCGCAGGCAAGAAAUGUAUGCAAUCUGAAUAUCAAUGAUUUCUACUAAACCAUUACAGAGAUAAACAGAAUUUAAAUACAAUAUGUAUACAAACUAAAUGAUUAAUGAUUAUAUGUUUUUUUGUUUGUUUUUAUUUAAUCUGUUGUUCUGAGAAAAUGGCAUACUUUGAACAAACUAGAAUGUACACUACAUUAGGACGCUUGAAUAAAAUUGUCAGUAUUUAUAUUCAGUCUGUUGUAGUGUGGCAUUAUGAUGUGAAGAUACAGGAUGUACUUUUAAGUGCCAGUUAUCGUAUAAAUUUCAUGAAUCAGGAGUACAAGAUCAAAACCCAGAGAGAGUUUUACUUUUUGAAAUUAUACUUCUGUUUGAAUUAUCUAACUUUGCCAAUGAAUAAUUAAAUGUGUCCUUGUUCAAUAUUGGAGUCUUGACAGAUUUCCCAUCUCCAAAAUCAAUAAAAAUGGAAUACCAUUGAAAGACUCAGAUGGAUUAAUGAAUGAUAAUGCUGAAGAUAUUGUCAGUUUUACUUGUCUUAUGGAUGGUUACCAUCAUUUACAAUUGAAUCUCUUUAAAAUUGCAAAUGAAGUCAUAGAGACUUCAAUACUUGAACAAUUAAAGAAGAAUGCAGUAAUGAAGGACUAAUCUGUUUUUUGUCUUUGCUUAAAGAACAUAUUUAGUCAUGAAAAAUCUACUCUUGUUUGCAUUGCAGUCCCUGCUGAUGUGGGUUUCACAUAAUUAGAUAUCACUUCAUGAAUGAUUGAUGAAUUUAUUUUAACAUGAGCUGUCAUGUGAUUUCUCCCAGAUCCUCCAAAAUGACUCGCAGAUUGCUUUCAUUAGAAAAUAUCUUUUGGCAGGAGAUUAUAAUCUAAUGGAUUUCAUUAAAUUGUAGUAAGACUAGUAAUAUUUAAUGAAAAAAUCAAAAGACUAGACCUUAUUCAAUCUUGUCGUUCAUUACAAUUUGUCCCGUGAAUUCAACCCUCCUUGGAGUAUUCCUGUGGAAUGGUAAAUAUCCUGUAAAUAUUUAUCUGUCCUGUAUUUCAAAUGCACCUCUUUGUUUGAAAAGCUGAUUGACAAAGUGAUAUAAUUAAUCAUUUUGAUAAUUGGAUGCAUGUUAACUCUCCCUGUCUCAAGGGAAGACUCGUGGUUUCGAGUUUAUCUCCUGACUACCAAAACUUAUUAUACCCCCCGAACGAAGUUCUGGGGGGUAUAUAGGAAUCACUCUGUCCGUCCGUCUGUCUGUCUGUCUGUGCAGAUUCGUGUCCGGGCCAUAACUACUUUGUUCUUUGACUUAGGCAUACCAUAUUUGGCACACAGGUAGAUCACCAUGGGUGCAUUCGAUUAUAAAACUCUUCAGACACGAGUGUCGUCGGUGAGCAUGCGCAAUAAAGCAAUCUGAAUUGAUGUAAUCGAAUGCCGAGUGUCGGGCUCCAAUGUAAACAAAUAUGGCCGAUAAAGUGGGCAUAGUGUUAGCUGUUGAUUAUCUCCUUGAUGAAGAGGACAUAGAUGAGGAUGAUGAGGAUAUUCUCCCACAUUAUUUUGUUAACGUUAUCAGAAGAGAACGUGUACCAUCGAUAAAAUCUUUCUACGAAGAAGUGUUACCAGAUUUUUCUUUUCUUGAUUUUAGUAAACAUUUUCGGCUAACAAAACAAACAUUUACCCGUUUAUUUCGGGAGAUAGAACCUAAUAUUGCGAAGGAUGUUCGAACACAAGGCAGACAACCGAUAUUAACAGAGAAACGAGCCAUGGUAGGCCUGUGGUAUUUAUGUAAUACAACUUCCAUGAGAGAAAUUUCUUUACUGUUUGGGAUUUCACAGUCAACAGUUUUUGAUUGUGUCCAUGACUUUUGUGAUGCUUUAUGCUCAGUCCGGAAUCGAAUUAUUUCUUGGCCAGGCCCCCAGCGUCAACAAGAAAUUUCUGACCACUUUGAAGCUGAGUGUCAAAUACCCGGUAUAGUGGGAAUAAUUGAUGGUAGUCACAUCACUCUAACCAGUGUUCCUAAUGGAGAUCAAGAUUAUAUCAACCGAAAAGGGUAUCCUUCACUGCAGUUACAACUUAUUGUAGAUCAUAUAUUACUUAUAACAGACAGCUUCGUUGGAUGGCCAGGGUGUACCCAUGAUGCCAGGGUAUUCAGAAACUCAGAUAUCCACGACGAGUUGGAAAAUGGAAUUUUAAAUCCACAGUUUUUUAUCAUUGGAGAUUCUGCCUACCCACUGAAACCUUACUUGAUGACUCCUUUUCGUGACAAUGGAAGGUUAACUGUCCCCAAGAGACAUUAUAACAGAAAGCUGUCAACAUCACGUCAGAGUGUAGAAAGAGCUAUUGGCUUACUGAAAUGUCGGUUCAGAAGACUUACAAGCCUACCCUGCUUGAGUGUAGAACGUGCUUGCAAACUCAUAACUGCAUGCUGUGUGCUUCACAACAUGUGUAUUCUGUCAAAUGACUCUGUUAAUGACAUGCUGGAUGACCUCCCUCCAUACAAUUACAUCAACAACUAUGGACCACUUUAUGGAAAUGCCCCCCUUGGUGUACAUUUCCGUAAUCAAAUUGUUCAGUAUCUGCAAACACUGUAAAAUUUGAACAUUGUAAAUAAGAACCAAGAAACCAAUUGUUUGAAGACAAGAUUGUAUUUGAAAAUGAAAGUUUCAUUAAACUACAAAUCAAACUUA